AUGAUUUAAUGGUCGGAUGCACACGGUUGUGCCAGGAUUGCGCCAGGUGUAUGACCUGGAAAACAGACGCAUCCAUAAAUAAAGUUUCCUAAAUGUUGGCAAUUAAGUCCUGUGUGGUGCUGUGAGGUUCGGAGAGCCUUUGUUUGACUGUGUCGGAAUGUAGUGAAGCUGGAGUAAGCGCUGUGUUUCUCCCUUUCGUUUUCCACCGCAUACGCUGCCUUUGGCGCACUUGCGCAACAGCAGAAGCUGCGGAAAAUCUCAGCGUCUCGUUUUCACACCUCCUGUAUAUGCAGCGAAGGAGGGAGGCGUUAGUGAGGAGGCGAGAGGGAAACCCAUGACUUCCGCGUUUUUCCUCCGUAUCUGAAACUGUGCACAGUACAUAGACUAUAUAAAGCCAUCAUGGUGUUCACAGUGGCGACAUUUCAUCUCAGGAGCUGGACUGGCUGUUGUGAUAUCGAGAGGACUAUCUUGUGGAGGUUAACCCACCUAACAACUGGAGCUGUACAACUUGCAAAGACUGCAAGAGAGCUUUUGUGUUCUACUGCCGACUAAUGGGACACCAAAACACAGAAAUGGACAUAGAGUCUCUUCAGAAGAGCGACCGCCGGCGUGGAGGCUGGCUGGACCUUUUCCUCGUCGUGUCCAUUAUUUUCCUAUUUGUGGCGGUGACGGCUGUGGCUGUCGGUGGAGUGACGGUUGUGAUGGAGCUGCGGUCCAAAUUGAACUCCUCUCCUCCCUCCCUAGAGGCUGAGAAUUUAAGGUUAAGAGACACAUCAUCCCCAGCAUACAAGAUGCAGAAAUUUGCCUACCUGGAAGCCAACUCAAGCGAUGUGAAGAACUCCACCAUGUCCUGGGAUCCAGUCAAUUACGGCACAGGGGAUUCUGUCGGAAGCAACUUCUAUUUUAACAAAAAUCAACAAUCACUGGAGCUCAAACAGGCAGGGACCUACUUCAUGUACAUUGAUCUCAAAUUCACCUGCACCUACAGAUGCAGCCCAGGUCUCCUCAGUGUGCGUCUGGGUGAUAAGCUCACCUGUGAGGUGAAGCUUCCAGCAGACUCAACACCUGUGAGCAGGAAGUGCUGGACAGUGAGCCGGGUGGAAGAGAACACACGGCUGCUCGCUCAGAUGACUGCACCAAAGGUGGAACAGCAGGACUGGAAACUGGAGCUCGGCAGCUCAGGAUUCGGGGUGUUCCUCGUGGACUAAUACGGACACUGUAGUGCCUCUUCUGUCAUCAAGAUGUAGAUCUGCCUGUGACCUGCAGGUCAUAGCUAAAGAACAACACCAGUUUGUGUUUUCUUAAAGUUCAAGCGGGUAGAUAUGGUCAGGCGCUGGUGCCAUUUUUGAAACUUUCAGGUUUCAUGCAAACUAAAGAUGUAAGACCAUGAAGCUUAGUACGAUGUGAUGGUGGAAUCUGAAGAGAAGAUGCAGUUAUGAUAAUGCAAAGUGGAUAUGGGAUAGACAAGACACUGACCUCAUUCUGUGUAAAUAUUUAUAAGUGUAACUUAGUAUAUGAUAUAUUUAUUUGGUGAUGUGGAACUAUUUAUAUUUAUGAUGUUUUUUGUAAUAGAAUUUUAUUUUGAUGUAGAUAUCACUACAUUAGUGUUGAUGUACAAUACACUGCAAGUUCACUCAGCCUAUGUUGGGUUAAUGUGACUGUAUGUUUCUGUUCAUUUUUAUUUUUAUAAAUGUCUGGGAGCAUAAAGUUGAGACUUAUGAUUAUAAUUGCAAAUCCUGACCAAGCUGCUUGAGGAUUUUCUUGAUUGACUGCAGUUAUGCUGAGUCAUAUAAUCAUCUUUGCAAGUGAUGAGUAACAAUGAUGAGUAAUACUCUGCACUUGAAAUAAUUUUUGCUGAAGCAAGGUCCCGUAAAAACGAUCCUACUGUAACCAAACAUGACCAGAAUUCCUAAAAUAUACUUCAUAUGUGGACUUGUGAAUUGAGAAAAUGUUUUACUUUUGAAAUAAUGUAAGUCCUAUGGACAAACUACACACUGAUGAAUGUAUUUUUCUUGUUAUCCAUAUUAAAC